CACGGCGUGGAUCAUGGCGUGAUAUUAUGAGCGAGUUGGAACCUGAUUUGUCUGAAAGACAGUGUCACAGCCGAUGGUCACGGCCAGUAAACACCACAUAUAUUCGUCGUUUGGUGAUAGGCUUCAAGUGAAAGGACAUAGAAAUGAACACGGCGGUCUGUUGUGGACAUGAUAUUUCUGACAAAGAUUACACAGGCCUACUGAUGUUUGUUGUGUACUUCCAAAAAUACCUAGGCUUACAGAGAUGCUCAAGGACUGACCAAUGUUAUUGUUGUACACCGUCAACCGUGCACACGUUGGACCCAUGACAUUUAGGUAGAGGGUGUUUAGGUAGAGAGCGUUCUUGCCAGAGGGCGUUUUGACCUGUGCCCAGUUAGGUCAGUCUCAUUCUCACUCCCUUACUUCCUUACUUAUACUGGCCUAUAUACUGGUCCGGAUAGCAUAGUUGGUAGAGCGUCUGCUUCGGGAGCAGUAGAUACAGGAUCAAUCCAGGGUCAAGUCACACCUAAGACUUUAAAAGAGGAAGUUGUAACUUCCUCGCUUGGCAUUCAGCAUAAAGCGGAUAGUGCAACGACUGAUUGACCCGUAUCAGUAUAAUGGCUCGGGCGGAGCGGCCUACUUGCCUCUGGGCUGUGAAUGUUGUAUGGAAGCAGUUUCGAAAUGUAGCCACUCUGUCCUACAAGAUCGUGACGAAGUCGGUACGGAGAGGCAAACAUGUGAUGUUUACCAGGUACCUGUUGGUGACAAAUACAGUGAUAUCUGCCUGCUCAUCUGGCCUUGGAGACUCUCUUCAGCAGCAAUAUGAACUUACCUGUCGCAGAAUGGAGGCUCAAAACUUUGUGCGCACACGGAAUAUUGCUUUGACUGGCGUGCCAAUUGGUGCAGCCUGUCAUUACUGGUACAUCCACCUAGACAGAUGCUUACCUGGGCGCACAUUUAAAACUGUGGCCAAGAAGAUACUGCUGGAUCAGCUUGUCUGUUCUCCUAUUGUUAUAGCAAUAUUUCUUGUCACCCUGGGAGCCCUGGAGCACACAUCUGCUCAAUCAGUUGCCAGGAGCCUGUGGGCGAAGGGAUCUACCCUGUAUACUGCUGAGUGGCUUAUUUGGCCACCAGCCCAGUUCAUCAACUUUCUGUUUCUGCCCACUAGGUUCAGAGUGCUUUAUGACAGUGCCAUUUCAUUAGGAUUUGACUGUUAUUAUCCUUACGUCAGCUAUAAGCAAGACAAAAAAGAGUUGAACAGUGUGAAAAAGAAGGACAUUUGUUGUAAACCAGAUUCUAUCCAUGAGGAGGGUGACCUGGAGACAUCAGGCCUUAGUACCCAGAAUACAGCAUCCAUAACAUCAUCUAUAGGAUUACAGGAUAUACUUAGUUGUUGUUCAUUUGCUUGACAAUGCUUUUGUUAGGAAAUUUUGUUAGGUAAAAUCUUUUAUGAACUCAUUAGUUUUAUGUUAUAAUAAUACGUAAGUAUACAUUAAAAGUGCAAUAUGUGUAAAGAAAAGUUGUUUGUGAUGUUCUGUAAUGGGACGGCAACAUAUUUUUUUAAUCCGGUUAGGUGGGGCUAAUGUGAAGCAGGAACUUACUGCAUUGUUACGUCAGACAUUGAUUGAAAGGCACUGUCAACAGUGUUACAAGGUAUUACUGUCUGAUGUGAUGUUGAUCUGUCCUUGCCGUGAGGCUGGAUCUGAGGCUGGCUCAGUUGGUAAAGCGUCUGCUUUUGGGGCGGUAGUUCCAGGAUCAAACCUAGG